GUAUUUAUUUGAAGCUUUUUCUUUGCCUUUUCCAUUCACUUAUUAGGAAUGUACAAGCUUUGCUUAAUGGAUUGUUUUCUGCAUUUGUUAUUAGCUUUUUUGACUCAUCUUCCAAUUAAUUGGCUCAACUCAACAUUUAGAUAUUGCAACAUUUCAUUCCUAUUUUUUUGGUGCAAUUACUUUUGCUUGAUCAACAUUUGUUUGUCACUGUAAUUAAGGUUUGAACCUAUACUCUGAAACUUCAUUUCACUUAUACCCUGAAACUCCAUUUCACUUGCCCCCAUAACCUAUUAGGUUUGAAAAUUUGUAUUCUCUUAGAAUUACAUGACCACGUUUCCUACAUUUGUGAUUUUGCAUCUAUCAUUUUGUUUUUUCUCCCCAUGGAGUUUAUUUCUUUUGAGCAUUAGUCUCCUUCCAUCACAUGAUUGAAAGAUUUUCGUUUCCUGUUAAGAAAAUACACGUGAUCAAUCAAGGAAAAUAACAUCAGAAGUCCUCCUUUAUGGUUAACUACCUUUAAUUUGCAGAUGCCAAUUUGAUAUUUUCGGCUAUAGGUCCUAAAGUGCUUAAGAUUUUUUUGUAUCUCAUUCAUAUCUUUGGAUUGCCAUUGAGUUCCAACAAAAAUUAUGUUAAGAAUGAGUUGCAAGAGAUGCUGGGAAUUAGCUUAAUAUUUAGGGCCUCACAAGAUCAUACUACUUACUCUUUAGAACUCAAGGACCCAAAUGUACAACAUAUAGAACAUAUUCUGUUCAAGAAAGGUCGUAAGAUCUUACUACUUACUCAUGGCUACAAAAUUGGAGUUUGAUCAACAAUUUAUGUUGACUUUCCUACGGGUGGCAAGCAAAGGAAUUCACAGUUGAGGAAGCCCAUCUUUGAGAAAAUUGAUCAUAAAUUUUGUAUUUGGAAAGAACCCUUCAACUCGAAAGGUCGAAGACGUAACUCAUCCAAUUAACACUUUCCAAAAAAAAAUGUGAUUUAGAUUUUGGCUCCUCCUUUUAGUGUGAGCAUUGAAGAAGUUGAUAAUUUGGGGUAGCCAAAUGGGCUGGAGGAUCAUUCUUUGAAGGACCCCUUUGAAAUUGAUCUCAAUGAUUUGUUUUAGAAUGAAGAGGAAUUUAAUGUUGGAAAACAGACCUCUGGAAACCCUCUAAGUUUUAGCAUUGCGAAAUUCCAGCCCAUUUAAAGUCACUAGUUGAUGAACGCAAACUAGUUUUUGUUUGAGAUCUGAUUUUACUCACUUUUUUGGUUCAAUAAUUGGUUACAUUGGAAUUUUUAUACCGGAACUUGUGUGGUUUGAAGGUUGUAGAUAAAUAGAUUGAGAUUCAAGUCUCUUGAAACACUUAACUCAGAACUAGUCUUCUCCCAAGAAUCAUAGAAGAAGCUGGGCUCAAGAAAUGUUUCCAACCGGUUGAACAAUUAAUGUUUCUUAGCAGUUUUGUGGUUUCAUCUUAGUGAAGAUUCAGCUAGGCUGGUUGUUCUUCUCUUGGUGUUCCUUCUUCGCUCAUCUCAAAGCUUAUUGUGGUUAAGAUCUUAGAGUACAAGAGAAUUAUACAAAGAGAGCAAUAAGGAAUUCGUAAACAAGGGAAAGUAAGACAAAACUUCUUUAUUGAUUAGCUCGCUAUUCUUGCUGAGUUUGAUUUGGUUAUUGUUUUUAAUUGUUUUAGCCCUUAUACUCUUAUACUUUGAGCGUUAGUCUCUCUUAUUAUUAUUAAUAAAGAGGAUUGUCUUUGUUUCAAAGAAAAAGAAUAUGCCAAUUUAUUAGUCUUGUUUCCUUUGAAAAAUAUAUAUCAAGUUCUUACUUAUCUAUUGUCAAAAUGCCUUUAAAGGUCACUAAAUCUAUUGAAAAGCUUUUAAGAGGCUUCCUACAGGAAGGCCCAAAUCUUGAGGGUGGAGUCCACCAUGCUAAUUAUAAGAAAACAAACCACCUAUAUCCAUGGGAAGUUUAGGAAUUGGCAAGCUAAACUAGGGGAAUGAUGCAUUUUUUUUGCUAAAUGGACAAGGAGAUUCCUUCAAACAACAAAGGCUCUUUGGUGCAAGGCAAUUAAAGCUAAAUAUUACUAAACUACCAAUGAGCAAGUUUGGCCUUCCCCUUCAUAGAAAUGUAAUGCUAAAGUGGUAUCCUUUUCAAAAAAGAAAAAAAAGAAAUAAUAAAAGGAAACAUUCAUGGAGGAGGAAGAGUCUCUAUGGUGCCAAGUAGUCAAAAGCAUUCACGGUAAAGAGCCUUUUAAUUAGCAUACUGUUGGGAAAUCUGGAAAUAGCCUAAAACGUCCUUGGAUAGGUAUUUCUAGAGUAUGGGGAAAGGUGGAAAACUUGUCCACCUUCAAGCUGAGAAACUCAAAUUGCUUUUCAGAAUGAUGUGUGGGCUGACGAUAUCCCCCUUAGAUCUCGUUUUCAAAAGCUGUUUAGAAUCACUUUGCUGCCUAAUGGAUCAGUAGCUACACAUUGGGAUCACUCCACCCUAUCUUGGUCUAUAAGUUUUAGAAGACUCCUUAAAGAAGGGGAAAUUUCAGAAUUUCAACAACUGCUUCACCUCCUUUCGCAAAGACAGGUGGUAGAUUCUAUGGAUAGAAGGAUUUGGUCUCUAAAACCAUCCGGUAAGUUUUCAGUCAAAUCCCUCGUGAAUCACUUUUCAGCAUCCUCUUCCAUGACUAGAGAGACCUACAAAGUCUAGUGGAAAUCCAACAACCCUAGAAGAGUCAACAUCUUAGUUUGGAUUAUGAUAUUUGGGUUACUAAACUGCUUUUUGGUCAUGCAAAGGAAACUCCCAAACAGUUGUCUUCUACCCUCUCUGUUUCCUUUGUGAAGAAGAUUUGCAGCAUCUGUUCUUCUGUCCAUAUUCAGCUAAAUGUUGGGGUAGUCUUCUCUCUUUAUUUAAAGUAAGUUGGGUGUUUAACGGAAAAUUCAACUCAAACGUGAGACAUUAUAUUGGGCCCACUUAUGAAAAAGGGGCCAUGACUUCUUUGGACUAACUUGUCCAAAUCACUGCUUCAAGAAAUUUGGUUCGAAUAGAAUCAAAGGGUAUUCGAUGGUAAGUUCAUGGGUUGGUCUGAUCAUAUGGACAUCGCAAAAAGAAACACAGUCGCUUGGUGCACUUUAUUCAAGGAGUUUAGCACAUCUAUUCAAGAUUUGUGUUCAAAUUGGUUGGCUUUUACAUGCUAAGAUAUCUGGAUUUUUGUGUAUCUAUCCUAUGUAUUACCCUGAUACUUCCUUAUUAUUAUACAAUUUUAUAUUCUACUAGUUUUUGUAUGGACAUGAUGAGGACGCUUAGGAGGUGGCAACCUAGUUGAGAUGUUUGGGUGUGUCUCCUAAUCUUUAGGUCUCUUAAUUUUUAUUUUUAGUAUAUAUCUAUUGUACUUUGAGUUUAUUUUGAAAUAAUAAAGAGAUUGUCUCCUUUUUUUUAAAAAAGGGAACAUUCAUCUAAAGCCCUCUUGAGAGCUACAUCAGUGUAAAUAGAACCAUUGGCAGCCCAUUUUGAACAUGAAUGAAAAAACAACUUUUUGUUGAUUGAUGUAAAGGUAGAGUUCAAGCAAACAACAUCCCCAUGGGAGAAUAUACAAAAACAACUAGCAAACAAAAAAACUAGGUGCUAAGGGGGUGUCAACCUAGUUGAGAUGCCCUGGUGCACCUCAUGAUUCCACCUGCUUUUUGCUCUUUAGGCUUCUUUAUUACACUCAUUGUAUUUCUCUCUUGUACUUUGAAUUUCGAUUAUUUAUAAAGAAGUUUGUCUUCGUUUAAAAAAACAAAAAGAGUAUAAAAUAACAAAACUUAAGCCAAUAAAUAGCAGAUGUUUGGUAUGCCUGUAUAUGUUCUUUCAUUUCUCAACAUGGCCUUUUGAGAGGGCCAUCUCUCUCCCUAAUUCCCUCGAUGGAAAUUCCUUCCAAUAUGGUCCACCCCUUGCUCCCAACCCACUCCCUCUUUUUAUAACUAAAAACCCUAACAAACUCUUUAGCUAAUUACUUAGAUGACCUUCCCCACGACAAACUAUUAAUCCUAAUGGAACCAUAGCUAGGGGUCUUAGACAGUGUGGCAGCCUCAUAUAUUUUGCAAUAUAUUUUCCUUCUUGCUCUUGGCUUCUUGGUUUCUUGGCAUUGUCCUUGUUGGUCUUUUAUUUUCUUAUAUAUUAUUUGCUUUUUCAAGGUAUUCUUCCCUUGUACUUUUAUAUAUUGCGUUUUUUAUUUCUCUCCCAUAUUCAACUUAUAUCCAUGAUUUUUUUUGAAGAGGAAACAAGUCUCAAUAUUAUUAAUGACUAAAAUAGAGAGACAAAAGCUCAUAUUACAAGAGGGUUAUACAAUGAGUAAAGAAAAAGAGAGGUGGAUCAGCAGACGCACCCAAGCUUCUCAACUAGGUUGUCACCCCUUAGCGCCCUCAUCAUAUCCGUAGUGCGGAAAGAAAUAAAAAUUAUUCUUUCCCUUGGUUGAUAGUAGCCAAUACAAAGGAAAAACACAAGGCCAAAAUAAAGUAGUAGGCCCAUACCAAACAUAAACCAAAACAACAUCAGAGAUACAUUAGAAAAGCAGUCCUCGAUUAUGCUAGGAUCCGGUUGAAGUAGAAGGUAUCCAAAAUCAUGCUGUCCAAGACUUGAAAGUGGAGGGGCUAUGAAGGCUGGCUUGUUCAGCAAAGUCUCCUGUAGAGAGUACUGAAAAACUUUGGAUAAGGAACACCAUGAUGUUGCAUUCAGGCGAGCAGAUUUAAAAUGGUCCAUCCAUGUCAAAGGGUUGUCAUGUAAAACCCUCUGAUUUCUUUCAAGCCAAACUUCAACUAAUAAUGCUUUCACUGCACAAUAAAUGAGCUUCGUUUCCUUUUCAAAAAAACAAAUACUGCAUUAACCCACAGCAAGGAAGCUGUCUUCUUCUUCAAAGCUGUACCAGCUAUGAUUUGGAUCUCAUUUGAGGAGUCGGUACCAGCAAUUUGUUGCAUAAACACAGUCAAAUAAAAGGUCGUGUAGGGAGGUUAAGCAUCAAGAUUCCAUGGAAAAAGCUUGGAUGGGAUCCGAUCAUCAUUAUUUUAGAGGAUAUAUAUAUUUCUGCAUCUCAGCGAGAUGAUGGGGAGAUGCAGUUGAAAAAAGAGAAUUUGCUGGGAAGAAGGCCAAAAUUGCUGCUGCAGAGCUGGCCAAGUUAUCGAGGCGUGUAUGUGAUAAUCAUGCUGGACAAUCAUUUAUCUCUUACAUCACAGCAAAGAUUCUUGACAACAUCCAAAUAUCCAUUAGAAAUUUUCACGUCAUGUUCCUUGAUAUGACUGGCGACCUGGGACAUAUAAAGCUAGGUCUGAAGUUUUCCAGCCUGAAGAUAAUGAAACAAAUUCUGUCAUUGGCUGGGUGGGGACGAGGAAGUCAAGUCAACAAACUAGUGGAGAUUAUAGGCUUGGAAAUUUAUUGUUCGUGUCAAAAUACGGUUGAUGUUGAGGGGUGUAAUGAAGCAAGGGGUACUAAAGUGAGCACAUUGGAAGAAAAAAGUGACUUCAUAUUAGCUCCAUGUGAUGCAGUUUUGUCACUCAUGGUUAACAGGUCAGGAAAGCUUGAUAAUAGUACUCCACAAUAUUCUGUUAAAGCUGACUUAAGUAGCCUGGUAUUCACUUUGAAUGACGUUCAGUUGCAACAAAUAUUGAAUUUGUGGGAUUAUCUUUCCAUAUGCCGAUUAAGAGAUAAGUAUGGAAGAUUUCGCCCCUGGUGCUUCCCCCUUUCAAGGAAGGUGAAGGGUUGGCAAAUGUUAUGGUGGCAUUAUGCACAACAAUCUGUCUUGUUAGAUGUACGAAAAAGAUUGAAGAAAUGUUCAUGGAGAUAUCUUGGACAGAGACUACUCUAUCGUCGGAGGUAUGUCGAGUUUUACAAGAAAAAGUUGGAAUUUCUGCACAAUGAUCAGUCAAUUGAUGAUCAUAUUCUCAAAGAAUUGGAGGUAUUGGAGAAAGAGUCAGAUAUAGAAGAUAUUUUAAGUUAUAGAUCGACUGCUGAAUGUGAAUUACAGCAUCUAUUCGGCAGUUUGAAACCAGAAAUGGCAAUGACUGGUGCACAAACAACUGUUGAGAAGUCACAAGUUGAUGAUCGUGCAGUGGGAAAACCUCGAGGAUGGCUUAACUGGCUAUCCCUUGGUAUGUUAGGUGCUGGGGGUACUGAAGAUUCAAGUCAAUUUUCUGGUGUCAUUUCAGAUGAUGUUGUAAAGGAUAUAUAUAAGGCUACCAAAUUCCACCCUUCGGUUUUUUCUAAUGUCAGUGCGGCCGAUGAAGGAAGGAUCUGCUUUUGUGCAAUCGAAUUUGACAUUCAUCACAUCUCAGCAACUUUGAUGAGCAAGAAGUACGGUCAAGAAAUUGCAAAGAUGAUAUUCAUCAAGACGAUGGUGGAAUGUAAAAUUUGGGUGGAAUCUGCAACCAUCAAUAUAGUAGUCAAUUCUAUCGAGAUGCUCAAUCCACUAAACCAGAGAGUUCUAAUUUUUCUUAAAAUGCCUCUUUGUGAGAAAGGUGUUGAGACCGAUGCUCCUUCCUGCAGUAUCCAAGUUGACAUUAAACCCAAACAUGAGGUUAACCUAUCAGUAAAGGUGAUGCUGAAUCCAUUAGUAGUUACUUAUGAUUCCAAGUUUUUUCUUUGUCUGUCGGAGUUUUUUGAUGAACUUAAGUCCUUCGAAUCUCUUCACAGAAGGGUUCUUUCAACUCUAAAUGGAAUUGAAAAUUCCAAAGCUCGAUUGCUAUCCAAGGCUCAAUGCAUAAUGUCAGGAUAUAAGAAAGUGAUGUGGGACAUUACUGUCAAUGGCAUUACAGUCCACGUCCCUUGGCGUACACCUUCACAACAAAAUAGCUUGGUACUACAAGUGGCCACUCUUUGUGUAACAUCGAAAUAUGAUUGGAGUUCACUAACUUCAAGAUUUAAAGAACAAUCUGUUAUGCUAAAACGCUUGAGUGAUCCAAAUUUGGCCUCUGAUAUUGCUUUUACAGUUCAGCCUCAAAAUCUGUAUGAUCACUUCGAUAUCCAACUACGGGAUGUGGAGAUGGAGAUCCAAAUGCCUUCUCAUUCUCGGAGUAUUCCUAUUUUUGAAAAGUUCAGUGUUGUUCUUGCCUUACGUUCCUGUUUGAUCCCUAAUGAAUCAUCAUUGAAACAGCUGGAGGUUCUUUUUCAAUUAUCAUCACUUCAUGUACAUUUCUCUCCAUCAAUAUAUGGUGCAGCUUUGGAGCUUGCUUUGUAUUUGAAUAAUUUAACAGAAAAUCAUGGGUUUGAAGAAUUGAAAGAUCGUGGAUCCCUUAACAUGGUUUCAAAUGGACAUGGCAAUCAUUUUUCUGGUUUCUCCUUGUCAGCAACUCUCCAUUCUGUUAGAUUUGAAAUUGAUCUAGGGAACGAUGAUCAAAAUGCUUCUGCCAUCAUGCUUGCCUUAGAAGAUAUAGAGAUGUGGUAUGAUAUUUUAGUCUACGAGGAGCUAUGGGUCUGCCUGAAGGCAUUGAAUAUUACAAUUCAUCCCAUGAGUGGUGAUGGAGAUGAGCAGGUUUUGUAUUCUUGUGGCAACAAAUCUCAUGGUACAUUUUCUCAUCUCCAUGGCACUGAUAGUCGACAUAACAAGGAAGAUGGUUUGAGUGGUAUGAUUGGUAAUGCUGGAAAAUGCUGCACCUUACAUUUUAGGUCUGGUAAAAAUGAUGCAGCCGAAAUUGUCAUAUAUUUGGGUGAUGCUGAGAUCCACUGCUAUCCAUCUGUUAUUGGAUUGCUCUUUGGAUUUUAUGAUAGACUAUCUGCUUGUAAUGCAACUUUUAGCUGUGGGAACGCUAUUGGACCUGAGAUGAAUGAUGAAUAUGUGCAACCCGUAGCAUUAUCACCAUGUCAGAGAUUUGGUUUCUCAAACUUUAUGGAAAUUGAUUCAAUUGGACAUGACAGCAUUCCAUUAGAUUGCUUUCCUUUUGUUACUUUACUGAAUUCUUGUUUACUUGGUAGUCUUGAGAAUUCUCAUCUUAACCUAAGUUCUGAUUGGAGAAAACAUUACAAAAUAAGGGAUGGAAAAGUCAAAAUUCCUGAAUUUGAUCAGGAGACAGGACCUACUAUAUUCCACACCCAACCAACCAAACCUAAACUUAAUAUGGAUGCAUCUGUUACUUUGGAGAGUUCCUCCCACGCUGGUCGUCAUGAUAUUUAUUUCGUUUUAUGUGGAAUCAAAGUCCAUUUCCACGAUUCUUCUUGCAUUGUUGGAUCUCUCACGCUUCCAACUUGUAGAUCUUCUUUAUUUAUUUGUGAAAACUAUUUUGACGUAUUAUGCUCAGUAGAGGGAUUGACCGUCACAUCCUCAUGGACACAGAAUUGUCUUGAAUUAGUAUGGGGCCCUUCAUUUCCACAUUUGUCUCCUAUUUUAAAUUUCCGUGUGAGGCAAGAAAAAUGCUUGUCAUCAAGUGCCAAGAUUGAAAUCAGUGUUGGGAUUCAACAUGUUUUUUGUUUCUUACCACCUGAAUUUUUGGCCAUGAUCAUUGGUUAUUUUACGUUGCAUGAUUGGAGUUUGCAGUCAAAUGAGAACUGUUUCACAGGGAGCAAUGAACAUACUGGUUUAGAAGAAGAAACUUCCGUUAUUUAUAAAUUCGAAAUUCUGGAUUCAGCUUUGGUUGUGCCUGUUGAAAAUUGUGAGCUUCAGUUUCUUAGUUUGCAAAUUAAGGAGUUGUAUUUUUCAUUCUUUGGAGGAAACAUAGAUGAUGCAUUGAAGGGCAUUCCUCCUGAUUGUUCUAUUCCAGUUUAUAAGCUUGCUGAGACGAAUCACUGUAUAAAUCUUUUUGGACGAGAAUUAUUUCUCUCGUUGCUGCUUGUCAAGGAUAUAAAUAGUUUUUUUUCCUUUCAAAGUACUGAGUGUCAAAAGGUUAGUUUAAUUGAACUGCUAAAUGCAGAUAUCUGGGUCAGAAUUCCUUGUGAAAGUGAAUUUCUCAACAAAAGCUUGCAAGCAACAUGUAUAAUGAUGAAGAUAAGAAAUUGUGAAGUAAUGAUUGAUGAUAAUCAUGCCCUUGGUGGAUUUAUGGCACUAAUUGGGAACAUAAAUCAAUUUGCUUCUGUUGAAGACCAAUCUAGAUGUUUCAAGUCUGAUGUUCUACAGUUUCUUCAGUUAACGAGAUGUCUAAAAGAGGACACUGCAGUUUUAUUUCCUGCGUCAAACACAACACUCACUGAAUUUAAAUAUUGCAUUGAUUCUCUUUGCUUGAAAUUGAAACGGCAGAGAGAUGAAAUAUUGGAAAUGAAUUACAGAGUGGAAUUGCAAUUUACAUGCUCUGGUACAUUGAGAAAUGGUAUUGUCGAAGGGAUGGAUUUUUGUUUCUCUUUGAUGGUGUUAUACUCGGAGCCCAAAUCUGUUGUCAUGGCUAAAUCCAGCACUGAGCAGGUUUCAUCUGUACCUGACAUCUCCCUUUCGAGGCCAAGUCAAGGUCCUGUUGAACUUUGUAUUUCCCUUCCAUCUAUCGAUGUUUGGUUAUAUCUUUCAGAAUGGAUAGAGAUCGUUGAUAUAUUGAAUUCUUAUGUUGGAAAAACGACUCAAUUCCUGAAUAACAUGGCAUUAAGAGGUUCAUCAAUCACUUUUCCAGAUAGUGUGUGUUCUUCAUCCAUGCCAAUUGAAUCGGCAUCAGAGAACACAGAGGAUGAUGAUACUGCACUUACUGUUAAAGUAAAGGACAUGGUAAUUACGUUUCACUUUCCUGUGUAUGUUAUUGAAUCCGCUGGUGAACUUCAUGUAGCUGAAGUUGAUGAGAAAACACAUCUGAAUGUUUCUUCAGAUGUUGUGGAAGGCAGGUACUGCAGAUUCAUUAUGGUUUCUUUUCACAGUAAAAGCAUUGAGGUUCUUAUUAACCGUAAAAAAACAUUAUUAACAUCCGGCAUAGAAAAAGUGUGUGGCAUGUUAUCGAAGUGUGAGGAAAAGGGUGAUCAAUCUUGUCCUCUUUUUGAGAUUUUUGGAGUCAAUUUGGAGGUUGACGUAAGCAGCAAUCAAUUGAAGCUUGUUUUGAUCCGACUGAAUUUUCAGUGUGAAUGUGUCAAUAUUUGGUUUUCUUAUCACGUAUUUUAUUUCUGGAAGCAUAUUGAAUUUGAUCUCUCUGAUGCUAACUCAUCAUCUACAACUUGUCCUAUUGAAUUCAAAGUCCAACUGAAGAAAGUUUCAUUUCUACUUAGUGAUGGACGGUGGAGUUGUUGCAGACCGCUGCUGGAAAUUCUUAUGAGGAACAUUCUAUUGCAUGUUAGCAUGACUGAAAACACCAUGGAGGACUUCAUCAGUGGUGAAUUGAGCAUGAAUUACAAUAACAUUCAAAAGGUGUUUUGGGAGCCUUUUGUGGAGCCUUGGAACUUUACAUUAAACAUGACUCGGAAACAAGAGAGUACUUCUCUGUUGAACAGUUCUGUUUUGACUGAUGUGCAUCUUGUGUCUUCCUCACAGCUUAAUUUAAACCUCACAGAAUCCCUUACUGAGUGUCUUUCUAGAACAAUAGACAUGAUCAAGGAUGCUUGGGAUCUAUUUGGAAAAGAUGAUUCUCCUCAAGGCCAAUUAUCACCGAACUCUCCUCAUGCUGAAGAUAUUGUUGCUGGAAAACAUGCUCCCUACAUACUGCAGAAUCUAACUUCCUUGCCUCUUGAAUAUCAUGUCUAUGAAGGACCCUUUGAUUCUGUUGAGUUUGACAUCGCAGACUUCAAAGAAAGAAGAUAUGUACAACCGGGAUGUUCUGUUCCAAUUUAUAUUAGUGAAUCUGCUGAAAAACAAUUCUUUCGUCACAGAUCCUUUCAUUCAUUGGAAAAACUAGAUGAGCAGCACACAUAUGGAGUGGGUCAUCAUUUUAUUUCCAUCCAGCUUGAUGGUACAUCCGUACCAUCUAUUCCCAUUUCCAUGGAUCUUGUUGGACAGACGUACUUUGAGGUUGACUUUUCCAAGACAUCAAACGAGGAACUGAAUAUGUCUGAUAAUAUGUCAGAAGAUGCUGAUAUCGUGGAAAAGUAUCAAAAACAUAUGAGCGGAGGCUUCGUAGUUCCAGUUGUUUUUGAUGUUUCUGUUCAGCGCUAUGGCAAGCUUAUUCAACUAUACUCCACGGUUAUACUUUUCAACCAAACAUCAAGGCCUCUGGAGUUCCGCUUUGACAUUCCGUUUGGUUUGGCUCCUAAGAUAUUAGAUCCCUUGAAUCCUGGUAAAGCAAUGCCACUGCCACUGCAUUUGGCUGAAGCUGGUUGUGUGAGGUGGCGUCCUAGUGGAAACUCUUACUUGUGGAGUGAAACUUGUAACCUCUCAAAUCUUCUUGCUCAGGAGAGUAAAGUAGGAUUAUUUAGGGCCUUUGUUUCUUAUCCAUCUCAUCCUAGUAGUGAUCCGUUUCGUUGUUGCAUGUCAACAAGAAAUAUUAAACUCCCUUUACAUCAGAAGCCGAGGAAGUUCGGUAAUGAUUUAAUGCAUUCAGCAGUUGACUCUGAUCCAAAAAUCCACAGUCCAGCUGAAUCACAGGAACGGUGUAUUUACCACUUGACCCUUAGCUCUCCUUUGGCAGUGAGGAGUUUUCUUCCUGAAGAAGCUAAACUAAUUGUAGAUACUGGUGGAAUGAUACAUUCUGCAAUUCUUUCAGAGGUCAAAACUUUCUUCCAUCAUAUUGAUCCUUCACAUGACCUAGAACUUGAAAUUCAAAUUCAUGGAUAUAGACCUUCAUAUGUGAAGUUCCCCAGAGCAGAAACAUUUUGCUCAAUUGCAAAAUUUGAUGGCAUCAAGUUCUCACUUUCUGAGACCAUAAUUCUGAGCCCUGGUCCAGUAUACAUAACACUUGAUAAGUCGGUGGAUGCAUUUUCUGGUAGCAGAGAACUCAACUUUUUUGUUCCGUUUCUAUUAUAUAACUGUACUGCCAUUCCCCUCUGGAUAUCAGAAUCAGCGUAUGAACAAAAAGGUGUGAGCAUCUUUGUGCCAUCAUACUACGAUGUUGUUGAACAUGAACGUUCUGCUGGCAAAAGAGAUGGUCUUAGCUCAAUUACUGGGUUUAGUGGUUCUCAUGCUAUAGCUCCUUUCUCAACUCCAGAAAACUCAAAUCCACAGUUGGACAGUUUGAACGGGAAAACUUUCAUUUCACGCAAUCAUCUUCAAAAGUCUUGUGUCCUUUCAAGCAUAAAUGAUUUUAACUUGAAAUCCUGCCAAAAUACUGGUCAUGUAAGUCCAAGUUCACGUGACUAUGCAUGUGGAAGCGAUUCUAAUUCUUUAGAUUUUAAGCAAGUGAAAGUUAGAGCACAUAUGUUUUCUCCCAGUAAACCCUCAUCUGCAGAUGAAGUUAUGGUUAGGGUGAGCAGGUUCCUACCAGAAUGUGCUUUAGAAGAUAUUCGAAGUGUUUCUUGGUCAAGCCCAUUCUAUCUUGUUCCCAGAAAUGGUUCAGCUACUGUUCUCAUUCCAAAAUCGUCACCAAAUGCUGCCAAUGUGGUCUCUGUUACAUCUAGUACAAUUUCUGGAUCUUUUCCUGAGAUGACCAGCAUAAUCAUGUUCCAGCCUAGAUAUGUCAUAAGUAAUGCAUGUUCCCAGGAUAUUUGCUACAAACAGAAGGGAACUGAUUAUAUCAUCCCUUUGGCAGUUGGAGAACAUUUCCAUCUUCAGUGGACUGACACAACUAGGGAACUACUGGUUUCUGUUCGUUAUAACAAACCUGGGUGGCAAUGGUCCGGCAGCUUCAUACCUGAUCAGCUUGGCGAUACUCUUGUGAAAAUGCGAAAUUAUAUCACUAGUUCUUCAAAAGUUCUUAGAAUUGAAGUUCAGAAUGUUGAUGUAUCAACUGACAAUAAGAUUGUUGGAAAUGGUCAUGGAAACUUGGGAACAAAUUUGAUUCUCCUGUCAGAUGAUGACACCGGAUAUGUACCUUACAGAAUAGAUAACUUUUCAAAAGAGAGAUUACGAAUUUACCAACAAAGAUGUGAAAAUUUUGAGACCAUCGUUCACCCUUAUACAUCUUGCCCAUAUUCUUGGGAUGAACCUUGCUACCCACGUCGUCUAGUUAUUGAGGUUCCUGGAGAGCGCAUACUAGGAUCUUAUGCUCUUGAUGAUGUACAGGAUUUCGUUCCUGUGUGUUUGCCACUAACCACUGGGAAAAAUGAGAGGAUGUUGCAUUUAUCGGUUAAUGCUGAAGGAGCAACAAAGGUGUUGAGCAUUGUUGAUUCAACCCAUCAUAUUCCCAGUGUCUCUCAUUUUGGAGAAAAGAAAAAACUUGUUCAGAAACAGGAAAAGUUCAUUGAUUACACGGAGAAAUUUUCAGUUUUUAUAUCUUAUAUUGGUAUAUCGUUAAUUAAUUCUGGCCCUGAGGAGGUGGUAUAUGCUUGUGCAAAAAACAUAACAAUCGAUUUGCUGCAAAGUUUGGAUCAACAGAAGUUCUCUGUAAAACUGCUAUCUCUUCAGAUAGAUAAUCAAUUUCGGAAUAGUCCAUAUCCUGUAAUCUUGUCUUUUGAUCAAGAAUACAGAAGCAACCCAACUGGAAGCUUGAACAAGGAUAUCAGUGCGGUAACAAGAAGUGAAAGUGUUCUGCAAGUUGAUGGCUCAUUUGAACCUGUAUUCUAUCUUUAUGCAUCAAAGUGGAAAAAGGCUGAUAGUUUACUGGUUUCAUUUGAAAAUAUAUUCUUAAGAAUAUCAGAUUUUCGACUUGAGAUUGAGCAGCAAGUGAUGUUAAGCUUGUUUGAGUUCUUCAGAAAUGUGACGUCAAAUUUAAAGGGUGAAGUGUCUCAAUUUUCAGAAUCCAUGUUGCAUCCUCCUGCAAAUGAUCCAGCUCAUGACUACUUCAGUCCCAGGACAAAACCUCUUCAUUUUUCAGAAUAUCCUUUUUUUGAUGGACUUGAUAGAGGCAGCACAUUAUUACCUUCAGUUGUUCCUAUUGGAGCUCCUUGGCAGCAGGUUUACCUCUUAGCAAGACAGCAAAAGAAAGUUUACGUUGAAUCGUUUGAUUUGGCACCUAUUAAGUUGACAGUAAGCUUUUCCACCAUUCCAUGGGUGCUCAAGAACCCUAUCCUUACAUCUGGUGAAUUACUGAUGCAUAGAGGUCUCUUGGCUCUCGGGGACAUUGAAGGAGCUCAGAUUCAUCUCAAGCGCCUGACUAUUGCACAUCACAUGGCCAGUUGGGAAUCAAUUCAAGAGAUUCUUAUUAGGCAUUACUCAAGGCAACUUUUUCAUGAGAUAUAUAAGGUUCUUGGUUCUGCUGGUGUCAUUGGUAAUCCCAUGGGAUUUGCUAGGAGAUUGGGGAUUGGAAUAAGAGAUUUCUUGUCGGUGCCUGCUAAGACCAUUUUGCAGAGUCCAACUGGGCUGAUCACUGGCAUGGUACAAGGAACUACAAGUCUCUUAAGUAAUACAGUUUAUGCAUUUAGUGAUGCUACCACUCAGUUCAGUAAAGCUGCGAGGAAGGGUAUUGUCGCAUUUACGUUUGAUGAUCAAGCUUUUUCAAGAAUUGGGCAACAGCAGACAGGUGUUUCUUUAAACAGUGGUGGUGUCAUUAGUGAAGUUUUAGAGGGGCUCACUGGUCUUCUUCAAUCACCAAUUAGAGGAGCUGAGAGACAUGGUCUCCCAGGGGUGUUCUCAGGCAUUGCAUUAGGAAUCACAGGACUUGUGGCAAAACCAGCUGCCAGUGUUCUAGAACUUACUGGAAAAACUGCCCAGAGCAUACGAAACAGAAGUAGGCUAUAUCAAAUGAGACCACAGCGACUUAGAGUACGCCUUCCUCGUCCUUUGAGCACCAUGCUUCCUCUGAGGCCUUACUCCUGGGAGGAAGCAAUUGGAUCAUCGGUACUUCUAGAAGCAGGAGGAGAUGACAUGAAGCUCAGUGAUGAAGUUUUAGUUGCCUGCAAAGCACUUAAACUAGCUGGAAAAUUCGUUGUCAUCACUCAGAGUCUAAUAUUAAUUGUUAGCUGUGCAAGCUUAGUGGACUUGGGCAAGCCUGAAUUUCGAGGCAUUGCUGCUGAUUCCAAAUGGGUGAUAGAGUCAGCUAUUGGUUUGGACACUGUCAUUCAUGCUGACACAAAUAACGAUGGAACUGCCGUCCACAUCGUCGGAAGCAGUUCCGAUUUAUUAUCAAGGCCAAAUAAAUCUCUCCAGAAAAGAGUUAUUGGGAGAAGUAGUAGGGCAGUGAGAUGGACUGGUCCAACUCCUCUUCCUAUUUUUGAGACAAUCCUUGAACUGGAGCUCAAGGAAGAUGCUGAAAACCUGUUGAAGACCUUGUUAUCUGCAAUCGAAUUAGCCAAAGAUUGGGGCUGGCACCGUGGUCGUCAUGUUCUCCACCGAUAUGAUGUAAAAUAGACCAACGGCUCCUUCAUCGUCAUGUCCAAAUUAUUCUCUUCCACACAUUCUUUUAGGUAGAAAACUCUGCUUAAUCUGUAGCUUUUCUUGGUUGCAGUUAGAAAGUAUGUAUAUAUCAUGUAUAGGCGUUCACUCUCUCUAAAGUGAAGAGAGCAAUUUGCAACCACAUUGUAAAUUAAUUGUUCUGUGAUUACAUAUGUACCAAUUUUUUUAAUAAAUCUUUUUUUAAGAAAAGGGAACUUUUUGCUUCUGCAACCUUUUUUAAUGCAAAAUAUGCUUUUAUUGGAUC